AUGGCUUCUAUGAACAACUGGCUAGGCUUUUCUCUAUCUCCUCAGGAGCACUCGCUCUCCACCGAAGAAGCUGACUGCUAUGGCUCCAAUCCAACCCUAAGGCCUGAUGAUUGGAGUAUAAAGAGUUUGGAUUUCAAAGGGACCCCUUCGGAGCUCUCCAUGAUAGUGGACUCGAGCGGGGGAAAGCGUGGAAACAUGGAGGAUGUUGUUGUCGACGAGCCGAAGCUUGAAGAUUUUCUCGGCGGCCACUCAUUCUCCGACCAUGAGCCAAAGAUCGGAUCUUUGGCCGGGGAUCAUUAUUUAUAUUCAAACUGCUCGCUACAAGUUCCAGGAGUUGCGUCUGGUGGUGGAGGGAAUGGUUCUAUUGGGCUGUCGAUGAUCAAAACAUGGUUGAGAAACCAACCGGCACCGUCGGGGCCAAUGAUGGAGGGCAAUGAAGGUGGUGAUGAUGUUGGAAGUGGAACGUCGCAGAGCUUGGCGACUGGCGGCGGCGGCGAUGACGGAGGGGAGAGCUUGUUGUUGGAGAAGGAGAAGGGUGGUGGAAAUUGUGGGAAGACUGAUGCACAGAGUGGUGCCAUAGAAGCUGUGCCGAGGAAGUCUAUUGAUACUUUUGGGCAAAGGACUUCAAUUUACCGAGGAGUUACAAGGCAUAGGUGGACGGGGAGAUAUGAAGCACAUCUAUGGGAUAACAGCUGCAGAAGAGAGGGACAAACCCGCAAGGGAAGACAAGUCUACCUGGGUGGCUAUGACAAGGAGGAAAAGGCAGCAAGGGCUUAUGAUUUAGCUGCACUCAAGUAUUGGGGUACUACAACAACCACCAAUUUUCCUAUUAAUAACUACGAGAAGGAGUUGGAGGAGAUGAAGCAUAUGACAAGGCAGGAGUAUGUGGCAUCCCUCAGGAGGAAGAGCAGUGGUUUUUCUCGUGGAGCCUCCAUUUACCGUGGUGUGACAAGACACCACCAGCAUGGAAGAUGGCAAGCAAGAAUAGGAAGAGUAGCAGGAAACAAGGAUCUCUACUUAGGCACAUUCAGCACGCAGGAGGAGGCCGCCGAGGCCUACGACAUCGCCGCCAUCAAAUUCCGCGGCCUCAAUGCCGUCACCAACUUCGAUAUGAGCCGCUACGAUGUCAAGAGCAUACUGGAGAGCAGCACCCUUCCCAUCGGUGGUGCGGCGAAGCGUUUGAAAGAUGUCGCUGACGGCCACUCGGAAUCCAGCAUCGACGGGCAACGCUCUGAUGAUAGCAGCAGCUCCAUUGUCGUCGCCUCUCAGCUAAGAGAGGCCGCUCUCGCCGGCUACGCCUCCUCGCAACACUAUGGUUGGCCAACCAUAGCUUUCCAGCAGCCACAACAGCAUAUAGGGUUGCACUAUCCUUAUACUGUAGGCCAGCAAAGGGGUUGGUGUAAGCCGGAGCCAGAUGUAGUCACAUUAGGCCAUGGCGUGCAAGAUAUGCAGCAAGAAAUCCACCUUGGAAGCACCACUCAUAAUUUUUUCCAACCUUCCGGAAUUCAUAAUAUGGUGGGUAUUGAAUCAUCAAUGGAGCAACAAAGUGGGGGGUCUUCAAGCUCAAUGAUGUAUGGUGGGAGUGGCUAUGUGAUACCAAUGAGCUCCAUGAUGGUAGAUGGAAGCCAAGUUGUUGGUGGAGUUAAUGGUGGUGGCUACGAGAAUAUGUUGGGUAGUUCAGAUCCUUAUAGUGGGAGAAAUGUUUACUAUUCAAAUAGUGUGGUGAAGGAGAAUAAUGGAUACGAGAAUGGGAAUGGUUGGAUGGUGAAUUCAGCGCCGGCGGUUGGGGCGAGGCAGGGUGGUGGUGGGAUGGGCAAUUGCCAGGCGGCGCCUCCUCUUUUCACUGAAUAUUUUGUGGAGGAACUGAGAAAGGUUAUGCUGAAGUGA